CCCGGACAGCAAGGUUGUUCAGGAGCAAGACUGCAAUGGCGGCGCUCACAACUGUACGGUGUUCCCGUGGGUUGCUGAAUUGUCUGAAAGUUUCAUUUCAGACCUCGACACUCGCAAAGCAUAGGGCACCGGCAGUCGCCAGAUCAAAUUUCUUGCUGCAGUCAAGAUGUUACUCCCUCGGUCAUCUCACGGUCCAAGAGCGCAUCGAAAAGAAACGAAGUGCAGCCCUAGUUGGAGGAGGUCAGCAGAGAAUUGAUGCACAACACAAAAGGGGUAAACUGACAGCAAGGGAGAGAAUUGAGCUUCUGCUAGAUCAUGACUCUUUCGUUGAAUAUGACAUGUUCGUGGAGCACAGAUGUUCUGAUUUCGGGAUGCAGGCAGAUCACAACAAGUUCCCAGGUGACAGCGUCGUCACCGGGCAGGGCAGGAUCAAUGGCAGGCUGGUGUAUGUGUUCAGUCAGGACUUCACUGUUUUUGGAGGAAGUCUCUCAGGAGCUCAUGCUCAGAAAAUCUGCAAGAUCAUGGACCAGGCGAUGAUGGUGGGUGCCCCCGUGAUCGGCCUGAAUGACUCCGGCGGAGCCCGUAUUCAGGAGGGGGUGGAGUCUCUGGCUGGAUAUGCAGACAUCUUCCUGAGGAAUGUCAUGGCUUCAGGUGUGGUCCCUCAGAUCUCCCUCAUCAUGGGUCCUUGUGCAGGGGGGGCCGUCUACUCGCCGGCACUGACCGACUUCACGUUCAUGGUGAAGGACACGUCGUAUUUGUUCAUCACGGGUCCGGAUGUAGUCAAGUCGGUGACCAACGAGGAUGUGACUCAGGAGGAGCUUGGAGGUGCCAAGACUCACACGGCGGUGUCUGGCGUCGCUCACAAGGCCUUUGAGAAUGAUAUUGAUGCACUGCUGAAUCUCAGAGAGUUCUUCAACUUCCUCCCCCUCAGCAAUAAAGACGCAUCUCCUGUCAUGGAAUGUCACGACCCUAGUGAUCGCCUUGUUCCUGGCCUUGAUACAGUUGUUCCCUUUGAGAGCACUAAAGCCUAUGACAUGCUUGACAUCGUUCAAUCGAUUGUGGAUGAAAGGGAAUUUUUUGAAAUCAUGCCCAACUAUGCGAAAAACAUUGUUGUUGGAUUUGCCAGGAUGAAUGGGCGUACCGUGGGUAUUGUUGGCAACCAGCCUAAAGUGGCUUCAGGUUGCCUGGAUAUCAACUCCUCAGUGAAGGGGGCUCGCUUUGUCCGCUUUUGUGAUGCCUUCAACAUUCCAAUCAUCACCUUUGUGGAUGUGCCUGGAUUUUUGCCAGGUACGUCACAAGAGUAUGGCGGCAUCAUCAGGCACGGUGCCAAACUACUGUAUGCAUUUGCAGAGGCAACAGUCCCCAAAAUCACCGUUAUCACCCGCAAGGCCUACGGAGGGGCGUAUGACGUCAUGAGCUCCAAGCAUCUCCGUGGGGAUGUGAACUACGCCUGGCCAUCUGCCGAAGUGGCUGUCAUGGGUGCCAAGGGUGCCGUCCAGAUCAUUUUCAGAGGCAAGUCAAACCAGGCUGAGGCUGAAGCGGAGUAUGUGGAGAAAUUUGCCAACCCUUUCCCGGCAGCAGUCAGAGGCUUUGUCGAUGACAUCAUUCAGCCCUCGACCACCAGGAAACGGAUCUGCAGAGACCUGGAGGUGCUGGCCAGCAAGAAGCAGAGCAAUCCCUGGAAAAAACAUGCCAACAUUCCCUUGUAAAGCUGUCUGUGAUGUGCUGUUUGUGUGUGCCGUCUUGUUUUGAUCUUUUUUGACAGAAAAGUAGGGUCGAUGAUAUUUUGAGUAGUUAUCCAUUGACGACUUGACGCUUUGCCUUUCCUUCAACAAACCUUUUUGUACACUACGUUCAAACUACAAACUCUGAUUGGUGCACAGUAUUGUAGUAUGAGCCUUUGGGUUUGUUUGAGAAUAAACACAACCAAGAAGGAAAACAAA